AUGUUUGUUAGUCUGUUUAUGAUGAAUUUAUUUUCGAUUAUAAAUGCAAUAACCUAUUCGAAUACUGAGAAUUAUGAUGCAUAUGGAAUACGCAUAGGUAGUACUGAUCAUUUUGUUGUACUUGCUCAAAAUGAUGCUCUUCGUUAUGUUGUUUCAAUGGCUCCGUAUGGAAAUGAAUAUCAAUGUAGUUAUUAUUAUAACACUUCAAAUGAUUUUGUUAUUAAUAUAGCUGUUGGUCGACGUCAAAAUGCUUCACAACUGUCAUUUGUUUAUUUAUUAACGAAUUCAACAGAUGGUUACUAUCAAAAAAUAGGUUUAUAUACAUUUUCACGUGUAAAUAAUGGAAAUUCAUCAAAUGGAUCGUGCAAUCAACUCGUAAAUAUAAAUGUAGGUACACAUGAAGUAAAAGUAUGGAAUCGUCCACCAUCAGAAAUGUCAACAUUACAAGUUGAUCUUUAUGGAAAAUAUGCAUAUGGUUUUCUUUCAAAAGCUAUUUUUAUUUAUGAUAUUUAUAAUGAUUUUGUACAAGAUUUGUUAUGGAAUGAUAUUUUUUCAUCAAUUAUUGUUGAACCACAUGCAUUAGAUAUUGGUGAAACAAAUAAUGGAAUUUCAAUGGCAAUAAUGGCUGGUUAUUAUCAAUUUGAUAUUGGAAAAACAUUACCAGCUGUAUAUCUUAUUCGUUUAAAUCCUCCUUAUAAUAUGACACUUAUUGAUAAUUAUACAUUUCUUUCUGAUAAUCAAAAAUACAUUCAACAACAUUAUACGUCUACAUAUCAAUUUAAUUAUGUUAUGUCUGUUUCAAUUGAUGAUAGAAAUCAACAAGUUCUUGUUGGUAUACCACAAUUAAGUACAACAUAUCUUUUUUCAUUUAAUAGUACAAGAUUAUUAUUAAUCAAUACAUUUAAUUAUCCAGCACGUUCAAUAACAUGGCUUGAUAAUGAUGGAAUACAAGCAGGCUUUCUUCUUAGUGAUGUAUCUACACUUCCAUGGGCACAAUCUCGAAUACAAAUAGUAAAUAUAUCAUCGAAUGACAUAUUAUAUGCUUAUCCUAAUAAUCAACAAACUAUUGAACAAUGGUCAAGUAUACCACCAAUAUUUAUUCAAUUAAGAAAAACAUACGAUUAUCAAUUAGUUAUACUUACUACGGAUGGAACUGUGCUAUUAGUACCUUCAGCUGAAGCUGGUUAUUAUAUAGAUACGGAUGAUAUUAAUAGCGUACGAAAACUUCCAAAAAUAUGUCCAAGUGGAACUUAUAAAAGUAUUCGAGGUACAACACCGUGCACAAUUUGUCCGACAAAGACUAGAAGUUCUCCACCGAAUCUAUCUUCUAAUUCAUCGAAUAUAAUAUAUCCACCUAUUAAUUGUACGAGCUGUUUAUCGGAUUCUUUCUGUCCUCUUGGUUCAAUAAGUGAUAUCAAUCAAUCAUCUAUUCAAUCGAUUAGUCAAGCUUAUGCAUAUCCUACAUCAUCUGCAAAUCCAUCAUUUGAUGAUAUUCUUAUGCAAAAUACAUUUUAUAUUGAAACAAUAUCUCGACGAUGUGUUCUUAUUUCACCAUUUUUCUGGGCACUCAUGACAUUAUUAGUUGCUUUUAUUAUACUAAUAAUUAUGGGAAUUUUAUAUUGUUCACCAGCAGGAAUGAAAUAUUUUCAUCGUUUUGAAACAGUUUUUCGUCAUUCAGAUCUUAUUGGAAAUGGAGAAUUUUGGUUUGGUGGACUUAUUUCAUUUGCUAUUAUUCUUCUUAUUAUCUAUAGUUUUUGGUUUGCUGCAUUAUUUCUUAGAAAAUAUCCAUUAGAAACAUCGACUGAUGCUACAUUUGCAUGUGAUACAACAUUAAGAAAUGCUCAAUAUAGUUCAUCUUUACAAUUAUUAACAACUAUUAAAACGGAUCAACAAGCACCUAUCUUUGAUAUGCUAGAUAUGCAAGAUUUCACAAUGACUAUUAGUUUUAUACAAACAGGUUAUACGUGUAAUGAUAUUGCUGCUCAGGAAAAUGUUGGUACUUAUUCUGUUUCAUUACCAUAUGGUAAUUGUACUAUACAACCAGAUAAUGCUACAUUAACCGUAGUCUAUCGUGUGCCUUACCAUCAAAUGACUAUACAAAUAAAUUUGACAGGAUUAUACUAUAUUGGCGGUAUUUUAAUAUGUUUAACGGGUCCACGUAUUACAAAUAAUAGUUCAUGGUAUACAGUUCAGGAAAUGAAUUAUUGUCAAUUUUAUUUUACAUCUGAUCAAACGAUUGGUGAAACAACAGAAAUCUAUUUUUCUCUAACUAAAGUUAUUAAUCAAACAGAUUCAUUAGAAUAUAAUGGCUUAUCAAAUUACAGUGCUAUCUGGAUUCCAACAUCUACACAUGGAUCACUCAAUGAUCGUGUAGCUUAUCUACAGGAAGGUGCUUAUCAUCGUUAUUUAUAUACACAACAUACAGUGAUUAUCAAUUUUCAAGAAACACCAUUUUAUGUUAUGAAUGAACAAGAACCAAUUGCACGAACAGCUGAAAUAAUGUUCCAUAAUGUACUUUUUACAACAACUGUUAUCAGUAUUUUUGCUUUGGCUUUUGUUAUUUUUAAACUUAUAUUUAUGCCAGUAGUGAAAUGGAUAUUAAAGAUAAAACAUGUUUAUCUCAAUAUCGUAAAUUAA